AUGGCGUUCCGCCUGGCGGCGCGCGCCCUCCCGCCGUCAGCGCCACAGUCGUGGCUGCGGCUUCUCGCGGCGGCGCUUCUCGUGCUGCUGGUGGUGGCGCGCACGGCUCCGCGUGGUCUGGCGGCGGGGUUGCGCGAAUUCUCCGUGGGCGGAGAAGCGGGCCCCGAGCACGUCCUCUCGCUGUACCGUGUUGAGUACCCCCUCGCGUUCUUCCCCCUCCCUGUGCAUC